UUUGCGUUAUUGCAAAUUUUCAAUUAAAAUGGAUUUUAUUAUUUCGCAGAACUUCAAUCGCGAAGCACCGCUUUUAAAGUGCGCUUGCUAAUACUCUUAUACAUUGGCAAAAGAUUGACGCAUGUACAUAAACACAGACAUACACACACAUCUAUAUAUACGCGCGAGUGUGUGUGUAUGUAUGUAUAGACGAAAGGAAAAGAAGUUCUCUGCGUAACCAUAUUUUCCUAGAUUGGCUUCCGAUGCGUGCUUAGGCAUAAGUACUUUACUAUAGUUACGUGUUGAUCUAUGUUUUGAUAGAAAUUGGGUAGACGAAGACUGUAUAGAAGCCUGUAUGGUGGAUUGUUCCUGUAAUUUAAAACUAAAACAUUGAUGGAUCUACUUUACGCAUGGCAUAUAACACCGUAAUUGUUUGAAUGUUUGGAAUUUUCAGAUAAUUCUUGCGAAUUUAUAUUCUACACAUGGGAAUUCGUACGAUUAUGCAAAAAAAAAAAAUUUCUGCGUGAUUUAAGGGCUAUUUAGUUGUUAUUUUCAGUACGUCUCAUGACUAAUUCACAGCCUCCUCGUUUGUUUAUCAGUCUGACUUAUUGAUGUUUUUCGAUAUCUUUCUCCCCAUAAACACAUUUAAUGAUCCAUUGCUGGGAUUUAAGCUUAUACGUUAUGAGGGGUUAUAUGCCAUGCGUUAAGCAGAAUCCCGCCAGACAUUGUCACAUUGUGCUGCGCUGAUUCUACCCCAGAAUUACGUUAGGGUUAGCAUUGACAGCGCGCUUAAGGUUUAUCAGUUGCCUGUCGGUAGGCACCGUGCUCAAUGUCAAAUUGAAGUGAGAAGUAGUCGGGGUGGACUCAGGUGGAACUGUCGCUUGACUGACGAUGUAAGAGAGCUCGAUUUCACAUCGUGCACGUGGAGAGAGAUGCGGGGGGAACAGAAACAGUUUCUGCCAGUCGGAUGCAUUGGAUAAUCAUACGGUUUUCAACAAGCUGGAGAGCGCGCGAGCAAAGUUAUUCCGAGUUCCCUCAGGGAUCCGGUUAACGAGCUUCGAUUUAGAUAAACCCUGGAGUUUUGCAGCAAAGUCCUCACUAGAGAGCUGGUUUUCGGAGUGUGAGGCGUCUCCACGGAGUGCAUCGGAGCUGAAGUGGUAUCACAAUAUUCAGUAUUCCUAGUAUGGGGUUAGAUCUCAUUUAAUGUUAUAAAAAGUGCAAAAGUAAAAUGAAAAUAGAAACUGAAAGUGGCGACAGUAAUACAGGGAAGAUAUGUUAAAUGUUGGCACUCCGUCGCUUGCGACGACGAGGGUUCCAGUUGAUCCAAUCAACGGAACAGCCUGCUCGUGAAAUUAACGUGCAAGUGGCUGAGCACUCCACAGACACGUGUACCCUUAACGUAGUUCUCGGGGAUAUUCAGCGUGACACAGUGUAACAAGGCUGACCCUUUGAAAUACAGGUACAACAGAAACAGGAAGUAAGAGUGAGAGAAAGUUGUGGUGAAAGAGUACAGCAGGGUUCGCCACCAUCCCCUGCCGGAGCCUCGUGGAGCUUUUAGGUGUUUUCGCUCAAUAAACACUCACAACGCCCGGUCUGGGAAUCGAAACCGCGAUCCUAUGACCGCGAGUCCGCUGCCCUAACCAUUGCGCCUCCACACAGAGAAGAUAGGAAACUAAGAAAGUGAACAAAUAAAGAAUAAAUUGCGCGCGCGCGCGCACAUGGAGGGAAAGAGAAAGAGAUUACGUCCCAAAUAUAUGAAGGGAGGUUACUCUAACUGUUUCGUUAUAACAUUAAAACAUUUCGUUGCAGCAUUAAACUAUCAGCUGGGGUUUUGCUAUUUAUUUUCUCUGUCAAUCAUGUUUCACUUAUUAUCCAACACUAGACAUAUUAUUUUAUUUAACUCUCGAAAACUAUUACCAAAAUGCCGUCACCUACGCAGUUCUAUAUCAUCGAAAGGCGGCCGGUUUCUAUCUACACACGUAGAUUUAACUUCGGUCAAACACCCAGAAAUUUUGCGUGGUUCCUAUUCGAAGUUGAGCGAUAAAGACUUGGCUGUAUUUGAAAGUAUUUUGACCCCGUCAAGGUGUAUAACAGACUCUGCAGACCUGGAAUUUUGUAACACAGACUGGAUGAAAAUAUACCGCGGUGCAUCAUGUUUGAUGUUGCUUCCAAAAACGACAUCAGAAGUUUCUGAAAUCUUGAGUUAUUGCAAUGAAAGAAAUCUUGCUGUUGUACCCCAAGGUGGUAACACAGGCUUGGUUGGAGGUAGUACUCCUGUAUUUGAUGAAAUUGUGAUAUCAACCCGGCUUAUGAACAAUAUCAUUUCCCUUGAUAAAGUUUCUGGUAUAUUGAUUUGUGAAGCUGGGUGUGUUCUGGAAUAUCUAGAAAACUAUAUUAAUCAACACCACCUGACCAUGCCUCUUGAUCUUGGAGCUAAAGGAAGCUGCCAAAUUGGAGGAAAUCUUGCUACCAAUGCUGGUGGAAUCCGUUUUUUAAGAUAUGGAUCCCUACAUGGCAAUGUUCUUGGAUUAGAAGUGGUAUUAGCAGAUGGUAGAGUUCUAGACUGCAUGAACUCUUUGAAGAAGAACAAUACUGGAUACGAUUUAAAACAGCUCUUCAUUGGUUCAGAAGGAACUUUGGGUAUAAUUACUAAAGUUUCCAUCUCUUGUCCACAGAAACCCAAUAAUGUUAAUGUUGCACUUUUAGGUUGCAACAGUUUUUCUGAUGUCCUCAAAAUAUUUACCAUUACAAAGCAAACACUGGCUGAGAUUCUUUCAGCUUUUGAAUUUAUUGAUGCUGAAUCUAUGAAAGUAGUGACACAGAACUUAAAUCUCUCUUCUCCCAUUGGUGAAUAUCCAUUUUAUGUAUUAAUCGAAACAUCAGGAUCUAAUGGCGACCAUGAUGAAGAAAAAAUUAAUGUCCUCUUGGAGGAUCUAAUGCAAACUGGCACCGUCACUGAUGGCACACUUGCUGGAGACAUGACACAAAUGAAGAAUUUAUGGUCUCUUCGAGAAAGAGUUUCAGAGAGUCUGUUGAAGGAUGGAUAUUGUUACAAAUAUGAUUUAUCUCUGUGUUUGUCAAAGUUUUAUGAUUUAGUGGUUGAUGUCAGGAAACGGACUGCUCCGAUUCCUAACACUCGGGUUGUAGGUUAUGGACAUGUUGGAGAUAGUAACCUCCAUUUAAAUUUAACAUCACCUGAAUAUAACGACGAGCUUCAGAAUUUAAUAGAACCGUAUGUUUUUGAUUAUGUUGCUGAACUUAAGGGUAGCGUUAGUGCUGAACAUGGCAUUGGACUUCACAAGGUCAAAUACUUACACCAUAGUCAAUCACAUCUUUCAGUUGAACUUAUGAAACAAAUGAAGAAGUUAUUGGACCCAUGUGGUAUUUUAAACCCAUACAAAAUAUUUCCUUAACAAUGCUUUGUAAAAAUUGUCUGCACACACACACACACACACACACAUAUAUAUAUACACACACAUACAUAUACAUAUAUAUUCAGGUGUGUGGCUUGUUAAAAUCACAGACUAGCCAACACUGUAAACAAUUGUACUAAGUAUCCAAGUCUUUUGCAGGGUCACUAAAAUGUCUACAUUCUCACUUUAUGGUUGAGGGGUAAUGUAAAACUAUUGUAUAAAUAAUGUAAAUUUAAAACUUCCAUCCUAUUGAUGUUAGUAUGGAACACUGACUAUGAAUCAAAGAGAAUCAAAUUAACAAAUUGUAGAAACCGGUAUGGACUUUGUCAUAAAUCAUUUUCACGUGACACAAGCAAGGCCUUGUGGUUAAGAAGUUUGCAUUUGUUCUGGGUCCCAUUGUACUGCAUGAAACUUUGGGUAAUUAGUCUUCUACUAUAGCCUCAAGUUGAAAUAAGCCUUGUGAAAUGAAACAGGAUAGGCAGAAACUGUCUAGCUGCCUACUCUAUGGACUAUACCUGUUUUUGGAUGCUAGACUCAGUCUGUUGACCAGUUUAAUGCCAUAACCUGGAUCAGGGGUGCCUUUAGUUGAGCCUACUUUGUUGCAAAUAUUUAGGUUAAGUUGUUUAUUUGGGAAUAAGUUUCUCCCAUCCCUUUCCCCAGUUCAUUAUGUAAGCCAUAAACAAAAUAAACUGUAUUUUUUUUUUA